CAUGCACACACGGACCUCUCCGCAACAGGGAUCGGGGAGUUCGCAAAUCCUAUUUAAUUCGUCAUUUUUAAUUGUAACUUUUUUUUUCGUUUUGCUGACAAUCUGACUCGGACAAGACGUUGGGAUGGCUCUGAGCGAGACCAUUCUCCCUUCUUUUGCUACGUUUGCAAGCCAAGAUAGGUGGAAGUGCGAUUAUGAGUCCAAGUCUCCCCGCAGCAGCUGUGGCAUUCCAGAUGUAAUGCAGAGCCCAGACGCCUUCUCUACUAAGAAGGAAGAUGAAGAUUUAAACAAUGUGCUGGAAUUUGUGUUGGCUAUGGGUGGUGACAAAAGUGUCCAAAUCUGUGGAGAAUAUUCAAUGGCACCUUCAGAGUCCUGCAAUUACUACCAAACAAGCCCUUCUCCGGGAAGCUACAGCACAGACCACAGCCCUCCUCCUUACAGUUCAGGUAGCCUCAUGACUGAACUGAUUAGGUCUGACAUGGACAACUACUGCCAUCCCAGCAAUGUUCAAGGGAGGUUCUUUGUGACUUCAAAUUUUGACUUUCCAGAUACUAUAAAAGCAGAACCUGACAUGGAUUCAUAUGGACCAGUAAUGGGCAUGGUUCCCCAGUCCUGCACAAAGAUCAAGCAAGAGGGCAGUACUGCUUGUAUGAUGGCAUAUGAACAGCCUAGACUUGCCAAUUCUCCUCAGAUGGGUGGCCCUGACACCCCUCCUUUGAGCCCUGAUGACAUAAUGUUAAGUGAAUGCCAGUCCCAAUUGAUGUGCCAUCCCUCAGUGCCUUAUGGUCAUAACUAUCAGCACACUGGCUUCCAUCACCAGUCACCUGUCCAGUACCAAAAUACCUCCCAGUAUGGCAUGUUUGAGGACAAUCUGCCCAUGCAGCCUUCAAUUGCCAGGGGCAUGAUAACCCCUCCCUGCUCCCCUUUGGAAAUUCUGGAUACCAAGCCAAAGAGAGGCCGCAGAUCUUGGCCCAGGAAAAGGACAGCAACACACACUUGCUCUUAUGCUGGUUGUGGGAAGACCUACACAAAGAGUUCCCACUUGAAAGCUCAUCUCAGAACACACACAGGUGAGAAGCCAUAUCACUGCAAUUGGGAAGGAUGCGGCUGGAAGUUUGCCCGAUCUGAUGAACUGACUCGCCAUUUCCGUAAGCAUACUGGCCACCGGCCCUUCCAGUGCCACCUGUGUGACCGUGCCUUCUCUCGAUCCGACCACCUUGCACUGCACAUGAAGAGGCACAUGUAAAACUGAGACUUGUGUGUAAAGCAAUGAAAAGGCAGUGGGUAUUCAGGAACCUUACAUGGCCAAAUGAACUCUGCCACUGGCCCUUGUUAGCGGGCCAUACUGUAGCUGGUACUGCAUGGGGUGGCAUUUUUCCUUUUGCAACUUUGCUGGACCCCUCGAGGAAUAACUUGACUUAAAGGCUGGACCUGUAUCUUGGACUUCAAGCAUUAACUGGAACUCUUCUGAGACUGAGUUUGCUGGGAUAUGUCUGUAUGUUCAUAUAGUACUUAAUGAUUGUUAACACUUUGCCUUCUUAGAAAGUGGCAAAAAGCAUUUUAUAAGGGCAUUGAUAAGAAUAAAUCUACCCUAACAGCAGCGCAUCCAAUAAUGCAGAGUAUCUCCAUACACAUUCACCUCCAUUUCUUCCCCUUCCCUAAAGUACUUAAAUGAAUGCACUGGUUAACUCCAGUUUCCGCUUCAAAACCAUGCACUUCUCCCUCUUUCACCACUGGAAUCCAGGUAGUGUUGGUGGUGGUAGUGUAUAGUGAUACUCUGAACUGGCACGUGCUGCAGAAUAUGUGCAUUUUUCUACAUUCCAUUGUUAAUUGAUUGUAACUGCCUAUGUCAGAAGACCUAAGACAAUGUUUGUAUGAAACUGCCUUAAUUGUGUUCACAUUGACGGGAUAAACUUUUGAAUAUCCCAUAACUUUUUUUUUUUUUAUCUAUAUGAAAUUGCAUAAAGGAAAACACUCCUCUUCCUGGAAUAUAUUUUUAUAUAAACCAUGUGUUUUCUCACAUUACACUAUAAAACAGCAGGGCUAGAGGUCUUGCAAGAGAAUAGCCUUUUUAUAUAUUAUAUAUUUAUGUAAUUAUAUAUUUGUAUAUAGAUUUGUACAAUGAAUGUGAUGUAUAGUGUAAAUAUGACAACUGCAAAUGGCAAAGUUUUUUUUAUAUUAUAUAGGGAGGGGGCAAUUCUUCAGUGACAUGAUUUUUUUUUUUUUUCUUUUUAUUAAAGAAAAAUAAAUACAAAUACA